AGCACUUGGCGUGGUAGGACGAUCCGAGGAGAAGCUUUGCAUCCAUCUGGAUGCCAUGAAAUCGAAGAAAUCGGCCUUUGCCAACACGUCCACUGGAUACGGCAGGCACAAGCACAGCGGACACGGGCACGGAAAGGGACACUCACACGGUCAGGGUGGACAGUCCAACAAGGACAAACCCGAGGGCUCAGGCAAGGGCAAGUCCCCGGAUCACCAUGAGCAGAAGGAGGAGGAUAAGGAUUUGAAUUCCGGGUUCGGCGACUAUCUUCGCACACCGGAGGCAUUUGAAAUGAUGAAGCUGUUUGUCUUCGCAAAUACAAUAAUGUUAAUUGUCACGAUGGCCUGGCCGCAUAUCAAGGAACAGUUCUACAUGGUUAAUCAGUGGUUGGAAAGCUUCCGCGAAGACCACAAGCAGUAG